GCCAUUUUCUGCUCUUUGUGUGGAGUGGAUUAGAGCUGGGGAGGCGCUGGGGCAAAACUAGAGCAUCAGUCGACUCUCAAGACGUGCUACAGGCGGAGAAGAAGUCGGAACGGCGUCGCAGUUCCGUAUCGUCGGAGGGACAUGAGAUUUGCAGACUUUGGUGUGGUGUGAGUGAGGCUUUGUAACCAUGACGACCCACGUGACCCUUGAGGAUGCCCUGUCCAAUGUGGACUUGCUGGAGGAGCUGCCCCUCCCAGACCAGCAGCCAUGCAUUGAACCCCCUCCCUCCUCCAUUAUGUAUCAGGCCAAUUUUGACACCAACUUUGAAGACAGGAAUGCGUUUGUGACAGGGAUCGCUCGUUAUAUUGAGCAAGCUACAGUCCACUCCAGCAUGAAUGAAAUGCUGGAGGAAGGACAUGAGUACGCUGUGAUGCUUUACACAUGGAGAAGUUGCUCUAGAGCUAUUCCGCAGGUGAAAUGCAAUGAGCAACCCAACAGAGUUGAGAUCUAUGAGAAAACAGUGGAGGUGUUGGAGCCUGAAGUCACCAAGCUCAUGAAGUUUAUGUACUUCCAACGGAAAGCUAUAGAACGUUUCUGCAGUGAAGUGAAGCGUCUCUGUCAUGCUGAGAGAAGGAAAGAUUUUGUUUCGGAGGCCUAUUUGCUCACUUUGGGCAAAUUUAUCAACAUGUUUGCUGUAUUGGACGAACUGAAAAACAUGAAGUGUAGUGUAAAAAACGAUCAUUCUGCUUACAAAAGGGCUGCUCAAUUCCUGAGGAAGAUGGCUGACCCUCAGUCCAUCCAGGAGUCUCAGAAUCUUUCAAUGUUCUUAGCCAACCACAACAGGAUCACUCAGUGCCUGCACCAACAGCUGGAAGUGAUUCCAGGUUAUGAGGAACUUUUGGCAGAUAUUGUCAACAUUUGUGUAGAUUAUUAUGAGAACAAGAUGUAUUUGACUCCAAGUGAAAAACACAUGCUUCUCAAGGUGAUGGGGUUUGGUCUGUACCUGAUGGAUGGGAAUGUGAGUAACAUCUACAAACUAGAUGCCAAAAAGAGGAUCAACCUUAGCAAGAUUGACAAGUUUUUCAAACUUCAAGUGGUGCCACUGUUUGGAGACAUGCAGAUAGAGUUGUCUCGCUACAUUGAGACAAGUGCUCACUACGAGGAAAACAAGUCCAAGUGGACGUGCACCCAGAGCAGCAUUUCACCACAGUACAACCUGUGUGAGCAGAUGGUGCAGAUCAGAGAGGACCACAUUCGAUUCAUCUCAGAGCUGGCGCGCUAUAGCAACAGCGAAGUGGUGACAGGCUCGGGCCUGGACAGCCAGAAAUCAGAUGACGAAUACAGAGAGCUUUUUGACCUUUCACUGAGGGGUCUGCAGUUGUUGUCCAAGUGGAGUACGCAUGUCAUGGAAGUUUACUCAUGGAAGCUGGUCCAUCCCACAGAUAAAUUUUGUAAUAAGGAUUGUCCAGGCACAGCAGAGGAGUAUGAACGAGCCACACGUUAUAAUUACACCAGUGAGGAGAAAUUUGCUCUGGUGGAAGUGAUUGCCAUGAUUAAAGGUCUUCAGGUCUUGAUGGGGCGAAUGGAGUCAGUGUUUAAUCAGGCUAUUAGAAAUACUAUCUACGCAGCACUGCAGGACUUUGCCCAGAUGACCCUCAGGGAGCCUCUCCGCCAGGCGGUGCGCAAGAAGAAGAACGUCCUCAUUAGUGUUCUCCAAGCCAUUCGAAAGACGGUUUGUGACUGGGAGGGCGCGAGAGAACCUCCAAAUGACCCAUGUCUGAGGGGAGAGAAGGACCCUAAAGGUGGUUUUGAUAUCAAGGUGCCCCGGAGAGCUGUUGGACCUUCUAGCACACAGCUGUACAUGGUGCGCACUAUGCUGGAGUCAUUAAUUGCAGACAAGAGUGGCUCUAAAAAGACUCUACGCAGCAGUCUGGAUGGACCCAUUGUAGUGGCCAUAGAAGACUUCCACAAACAAUCCUUCUUCUUCACACACUUGCUCAAUUUCAGCGAGGCCCUCCAGCAGUGUUGUGACCUGUCCCAGCUCUGGUUUAGAGAGUUCUUCCUUGAGCUGACCAUGGGUCGCAGAAUCCAGUUCCCUAUUGAGAUGUCUAUGCCAUGGAUCCUCACCGACCACAUUCUGGAGACCAAGGAACCCUCAAUGAUGGAGUAUGUGCUUUAUCCACUGGAUUUGUACAAUGACAGUGGCUACUAUGCUCUUACGAAGUUCAAGAAGCAGUUCCUUUAUGAUGAAAUUGAGGCAGAGGUAAAUCUUUGCUUUGAUCAGUUUGUGUACAAGUUGGCUGAUCAGAUAUUUGCCUAUUAUAAAGCAAUGGCUGGAAGUGUUCUGCUAGAUAAACGCUUCCGUGCAGAGUGUAAAAACUAUGGGGUGAUUAUACCAUACCCUCCUUCAAACCGCUAUGAGACGUUGCUUAAACAGAGACAUGUGCAGCUUUUGGGUCGCUCCAUUGACCUGAACCGUCUUAUCACCCAGAGGAUCUCUGCUGCCAUGUAUAAAUCUCUGGACCAUGCCAUCAGCCGCUUUGAAAGCGAGGAUCUGACCUCCAUCGUGGAGUUGGAGUGGCUUCUGGAGAUCAAUAGACUCACCCACCGGCUUCUGUCCAAGCACAUGACCUUGGACAGCUUUGAUGCCAUGUUCCGUGAGGCCAAUCACAAUGUCUCGGCUCCCUACGGCCGAAUUACGCUUCAUGUCUUUUGGGAGCUCAAUUUCGAUUUCCUCCCUAAUUAUUGCUACAACGGAUCCACAAAUCGAUUUGUACGCACAGCCAUUCCCUUCACCCAAGAACCCCAGAGAGACAAGCCAGCCAAUGUGCAGCCUUACUACCUGUAUGGGUCCAAGCCUCUGAACAUUGCCUACUCUCACAUAUACAGCUCCUACAGGAACUUUGUUGGCCCGCCUCACUUCAAGACCAUAUGUCGUCUCCUUGGUUACCAAGGCAUUGCUGUUGUGAUGGAGGAGCUGCUUAAGAUUGUCAAGAGCUUGUUACAAGGCACCAUUCUGCAGUAUGUAAAAACACUCAUCGAAGUCAUGCCCAAAAUUUGCCGCCUACCUCGCCAUGAGUAUGGCUCCCCAGGAAUCUUGGAGUUCUUCCACCAUCAGCUCAAGGAUAUUAUUGAGUACGCUGAGCUCAAGACAGAUGUCUUCCAGAGUUUAAGGGAGGUGGGGAACGCCAUCCUAUUCUGUCUGCUCAUCGAGCAAGCUCUGUCACAGGAGGAAGUGUGUGACCUUCUUCAUGCUGCCCCCUUCCAAAACAUUCUGCCAAGAGUAUAUAUCAAAGAGGGAGAGCGUCUGGAGGUGAGGAUGAAAAGGCUGGAAGCAAAGUAUGCACCUCUCCACCUUGUUCCUCUUAUUGAGAGGCUGGGAACCCCUCAGCAAAUUGCCAUUGCACGUGAGGGAGAUUUACUGACCAAAGAGCGUCUGUGCUGCGGCCUUUCCAUGUUUGAGGUCAUCCUGACGCGCAUCCGUAGCUUUCUGCAGGACGGGGUGUGGCGUGGGCCUCCUCCCACCAAUGGUGUCAUGCAUGUGGAUGAGUGCAUGGAGUUCCACCGCCUCUGGAGUGCAAUGCAGUUUGUGUAUUGCAUUCCAGUAGGCACUCAUGAGUUCACAGCAGAGCAGUGCUUUGGGGAUGGUCUGAACUGGGCCGGCUGUGCCGUUAUUGUUCUGUUGGGCCAGCAGCGUCGUUUCGAUCUCUUUGACUUCUGCUACCACCUGCUCAAAGUUCAAAGACAAGAUGGCAAGGAUGAGAUCAUCAAAAAUGUGCCACUAAAGAAGAUGGCAGACCGCAUCAGGAAGUACCAGAUCCUUAACAAUGAAAUAUUUGCUAUCCUAAACAAGUACAUGAAGGCAGUGGAGACAGACAGUUCCACUGUGGAGCAUGUUCGCUGUUUCCAGCCUCCUAUACACCAAUCCCUGGCUACCACUUGUUGAAAACGUGUAUACACAUACAACACAUACUGAAACACACAACUUCCCCGCGGAUAUGAUUCUAUUUCUUGCCAAUUUUUGGUCUUCUACAGUUGUGAGUUACUGUAAUUCAUUCUCACACUGGCUAAAGAAAUUUAAAGACAAAUCAUCUCAAACUGUUACUCUCCCUGAAAUGUGUGCGAAUGCUUACAAUAGUGAAGUCGAAGAGACCAGAGGUGGAAGUAAAUAUUCACAUCCUUUUUUGUUUGUUUUAAUAUACACAUGACUUGCAAUCAGACUCAUACAUACCCUCUUUUGUUCCUUCAACUGCAUGGUAGAUUGGAUUACUUACACAUAUACCAAAAUAGUCAUAUCUGGGUCCAGGUCUUCAAAGACUGUGAGUCCCACAUUAAGUUAAACAUGAUUCCUUCCUGAUUAAAUAAAGUCUAAUUGUAUAAGUUAAAAAAGAUCUCAGCAACAAAAUCACUGUCACUACUAUACAUAGUAUGGGCUCACAUCCACUUCCCAUAAUAGCUUUUCUUCUCAUUUGUGUAAUUAUGUGGUGUGUCUAUGAUAGGUCUUCUGUCUAUCAUGGAUUAAGGAUUUCUUCAGUAUUUUUGUUUUGUUUUGUUUUGUUUACUCAUCUGCUUAUUUUUAGGCAGUGAUGUUACCUGGCUGGUUUGACUUGCUUUUAAUUAUCUCACCUCCUACAAACCCAUCAGAUUUUCUUAACACAUUUUUAUUCGAUGCAAAUUUCAAUGUAAAUUUCACCGUUGAACUAUGUGAAGUGUUGGGUGUCGUAAUUGUUCUUGUUUUACUAUGAAUAUUUUUAACAUCAUUGGUAUCCUUGUCUGCUACUGACUGGAAACCUCAUUUCUUUUUCUUUAUUUUGCCUGUUGGGAAGAUUUUUAUAUGCCGUUCAUGAAUACAGUGAGGGUAAUCCUAAUUUAGAAAGAAAACAAAGUUAUGGGUGAAGAUGUGUUGCUUUUUCCAGAGUUUAAAACAACUCCUGUAGGUGUGUUAAUACCUCUGGGUGUAUGAUGACAGUGUUGUACUAGAUUAACCUGUUUGGAGUGUGUGUGAAUGAUGCUGGUCCAGUAGGAAAAAAAAUAACAAAAAAAACAUGAUACAAUAAGUCACAUAUAAUUAAAUUAGCAUUUCUUGAAUAUAGUCAGUAUUAAUUAUUGUUUGACUUUUGCUUUAGCAGUGUUAUCAAGAUAUGCUAAAUUACCCCCUAUUUUUUCACAAGGAUAACAAAUGACUUAUUUAGAAGUCACCCCUACCGUGAUGUUUUUCUGCAUCAUUUUUAAUCAAGAAAUUUUCUUUUGACGACUUUUAUUAUAUUUAUUCAACUUUGAUCUGUUGUUCAUUUACAGGUUAAUCUAGUAAAAACAAAGGCACAAAUGCAUCAUUGGGAAACCUUAGCAUGGAAAUGUAAUUUAUUGUCAUUAAUGGCUCCAUUUGUGAAAUGAGGGUUUGUUUAUGUAACUGUACAAGUGACCAUGUUUUGAAGUACUGCAAAUGGGGAAAAGAUUAUAAAAUGUACAACAAUGGUCCUGCAUAGGAUUUGAAAUUAUGUUGUAUUUCCAUGAAAUAAAACAUGUUUAACUCAAA